CGUCCUUCGGCUGGGCUGGGAACGCCACGGGAUCCACCCCGGAAGAGCUGGAUGAAGUGGCUGGGGAGAGGGAAGUCUGGGCGUCCCUGCUAAAGCUACUGCCCCCGCGACCCGAUCCGGAUAAGCGUUAGAAAAUGGAUGGAUGGAUGGAUUGGUAACAACAUGGUGCCCAUAAACCAUGUGACGCCAAUUUAACCAAUGACAGAGCUGUAGCGGUUAGCCACUUGCUAGCACCCUGCUGCCAUAUAAGUUCGUCUCGCGCUGUUUUGUUUGGUUAGCGUUAGUAGCAAAAUGGCGGCUCCCUUCCCUGCGCAGAGACGUGCCGCUAUGUAUUUUUAACUGCAGUGUUCUGCUUCCUCGGUCCUCUGCUGCACGUGUGCAUACAGCCGCCCGUGAGGCUGUCGCUUAGGUCAGAAGAGAUGCACGUCCUUUUCUUCGUGUUAACGUGAACCUGCAGCGUCUGGCUGCGGUGGUCACUUCCCUAUCGCUCUGUUUUUACCGGGCAGAAAAUGGUAGACUGGCCGCUAUGCCAGUAAGCGACACAAUGUAACAUUUAAAAACGAUUGAGCCGGGUAAAGAUGUUUGUUUACACGGUGGUAUCAAAGGGAAUCCACCUAGAGUAAACAGCAAUUCGUUGCCGUACAAUUUUACGAAAAGGUAACUGGUUAGCCGCUGAGCCACUUCGAAUUGGCCGGCUCGUUCGCGAGCGAGAACUAAACCACUGCGACUCAAGGCACGGACGAAGCCUUUUAAGGCAAACGUUUCCUUCGGUCCCCUCUCAACAAAGUCCAUUAGUGGUGGACUCUGACAAAAGCGACAUGGAAGUCGAGUCCGUGGUGCUUCAUCCCCGCUGGAAGCGUGUCCUUGGCUCGAGCGGUCCAGUACCGCGGCCCCGUCAUGGACACCGGGCCGUGGCAAUCAAAGAGCUGAUGGUGGUGUUUGGUGGAGGUAACGAGGGCAUCGUGGACGAGCUUCAUGUGUACAACACAGCUACCAACCAGUGGUUCAUCCCUGCUGUGCGAGGGGACAUCCCGCCUGGCUGCGCUGCUUACGGCUUUGCGUGUGACAGUACCAGACUUUUGGUGUUUGGUGGAAUGGUGGAAUAUGGAAAGUACAGCAACGACCUAUAUGAGCUGCAGGCCAGUCGCUGGGAAUGGAAGCGUCUGAAAGCUAAGGCUCCAAAGAACAACCCGCCUCCUUGCCCCCGCCUCGGCCAUAGCUUCUCUCUGAUUGGAAGUCGCUGCUUCUUAUUUGGAGGCCUGGCCAAUGACAGUGAAGACCCCAAGAACAACAUUCCCAGGUACCUGAAUGACCUCUACUUCCUGGAGUUGCGGCAGGGCUCCAGCGUGGUCAGCUGGGACAUUCCAUUGACGUCUGGGCAGCCGCCGCCACCCAGAGAAAGUCACACGGCCGUGGUGGCAAGCGGUUGUCGAGGCAACCGUCUAAUAAUCUACGGGGGAAUGAGCGGCUGCAGGCUGGGGGACGUAUGGGUGCUCGACAUUGACUCUCUUGUCUGGAGCAAACCAGCGUCCAGUGGGACUGCCCCCUUGCCUCGCAGCUUGCACUCGGCCACCACUGUCCAUAACAAGAUGUAUGUGUUUGGAGGUUGGGUUCCUCUGCUGACGGAUGAUGUCAAAGUGGCAACACAUGAGAAGGAGUGGAAGUGCACCAACACACUGGCUUGCCUCAAUCUUGACACACUGUGCUGGGAGAUGGUGCAGAUAGACAGCAUGGAGGAAAACAUUCCGCGAGCUCGUGCCGGUCACUGCAGUGUAGCCAUCAACUCCAGACUUUACAUUUGGAGCGGGAGAGAUGGCUACAGGAAGGCCUGGAACAACCAGGUGUGCUGCAAGGACCUCUGGUACUUGGAGACAGAGCGUCCCAGUGCACCGUCCCGGGUUCAGCUGGUACGAGCCAACACGUCAUCUCUCGAGGUGAGCUGGGGACCAUCGCAGACCGCUGACACCUACCUGCUGCAGAUACAGAAGUACGACAUUCCCGCCACGUCUGUGGCAACCGCAGCCGUUUCCACAGCUGCCACAGCAGCAAACUCUCUCAAGAGCUCUGCUUCCGUCGCAGCAAGUCUGACAAACCAAAUCCCUCACAUCGCGUUAGUCUCCUCUUCCACAGCAGCCAUAUCUGCAAACCCAUUGGCAGAUGCUGCUAAAGGUCUAGCUGUCUUGAAGGUGGCCACUCAAGGAGCAAGAAGUGACACCUCCAAUGUCACAGUGCGACAGGCCAUGCCAAAAUACCCAGUUGCCGUGACCACACUUCCUGCAGGUGUUCGCAUGAUGGUCCCCGCCCAGGUUGGACAAGCUACACCACUCAGCAGCAGUCCUCAGAUGAGCGGCAUGGCGGCGCUGGCAGCAGCGGCUGCAGCUACCUGCAAGAUCCCGCCUGCCACAGCGACCAUGUUCAACGUCCCGGCAGGGGCCUCCAUCAUGAAGACUGCGGCAGUCAGUUCUGGAUCCGGCAGCCUUCCCGUCACAAUGGUCAACAACUAUGCAACUCGUAUCCUGAAAACAGCCGUUGCACAGGUGGACGGGGCAACUGUUGUCUCAAACCCCGGCACGGGCAGCCGACCAAUUAUCACAGUGCACAAGUCUGGAACGGUGACAGUUUCCCCGCAGACUCAGAUGGUCACCACAGUGGUAGGGGGAGUCACCAAGACCUACACACUGGUUAACAGCCCACUGGGUAUGGGAGCGGGCGGUGCUCUGAUCAGCAACCUGGGGAAGGUGAUGUCUGUGGUGCAGACUAAACCUGUCCAGAGUGGAAUGCACACCGGUCAGACAGGGAGUAGCUCUGUUGCACAGAUCCUGCAGGCAAAGGGUGCCCUCCCAACUGGAACUAUCUUGAAGCUGGUGACCUCUGCCGAUGGCAAACAGACCACUGUGCUCAGCAGCCCGCAGACUGGCUCUGUUGUAACCAAACCUGGUGCCACCAUCAUAAAGACCAUCCCUGUGUCUGCGCUGCAGGGGGGUGCAGGUGGACCAAUCACAAUCAUCACCACCAAGGUGGUGACACCUGGGGCUGCUGGGAAAUUUAUCACUACGGUCCCCAAAAUCUCAGCGGGACAGCAGGGUGUCACACAGGUCGUGUUGAAAGGGAAUACAGGUGCUUCAGGUACCAUCCUCAGGACCAUCCCGAAGGGCGGAGUCAGACUGGUGUCACCAGGCGCCAUCGGCGCCAAGCCUGUAGUCACCACACUGGUUGUCAGGGGGGCGACAGGUGUGUCCAGUCUGGGGACGGUAACGGGAAGUGGGUCCACCAUGGUGGCAGAAUUAGCCACCAACACCAACGCCUCCCUAGGCACGUCCAUCACCACUCUGCCGACCAUCGCUGCGCUCACCGGCCAGGUCACCACGGCGACUGCUGCAUCUGCUGGACCCAAGCAGGUAACUUUAAUCAUGACACCGAGCGGAGCAGAAGCCCAGCCGCUGGUCCAGGAUCUGCCUGUCUCCAUCAUGGCGUCACCCACCUCAGAAGAAGCAGGAAGUACGACGGGCAUGCUGACAAGUAGUGGUCCGGAAGGCGUUAAUGGAGAUGCUGUGACUGCCUUUACUGAGGUCUGCUCCAACCCGCCCUGUGAGACGCACGACACGGGAACCACCAACACCGCCACUGUGGUGAUGGCAGGCACUGGUCAAGUGUUGCAGGUGUGCUCCAAUCCACCAUGUGAGACCCACGAAACUGGAACCACCAACACUGCCACUACGGUGGGAGCGGGAGGACUGAACCAGGUGUGCUCCAAUCCACCGUGUGAGACCCACAAGACCAGAACCACCAACACUGCCACCACGGCCACAGCUCAGCAGGGUGGCGACAUGAUGCAAGGAGACUCCACUGAGCCCUCCUCCUCCGACCCUGCUUCCUCUGUUGCCAUCAGCCAAGGCAGAGCCAUUACCACUGUUACACAGGCCACGCCCACACCUGGUCCAGCCAUACCAGAAAUCUCCUCAUUGGUCAGAGAGUAUGCAGUCAAGAGUGAGGAGGAGGCCUUCGCAAUGGCCGCUACAGAGGAGCCCAUGCAAAUGGAAAGCCAAUCAGAGGAUGUGAUGUCAUCAUCUGCAGCGGUGUUGUUGCAAGGCAAUGAGAUGGCGUCCAUGGACACGCCUCCUCAGGAGCUUAUGUCAUCUGAAGGGGACGGCAGCGAGAUGGACUCUGGGUUGACGACGACACUGAUGGUGACUGCUGAUGGGCUGUGUCCAGAUGAGUCUCAGCGUCUGACCAUCCAGGCCUUCCUGGCAAGACACACAGGUGGUGCCGAGUCGGCGCAGUCCAUUCCCAUCGUGCUGACACAGCAGGAGCUCGCUGCUCUGGUCCAACAACAGCAGCUACAAGACUUGCACUGCCAAGCAGAAGAGGAGGCGGAGUCUGGUGCCGCGCCUACAGAAGCCCUCGCUCCAGCAGACAGUCUGAAUGACUCGGUAGCGGAGAACAACAGCCAUGAGGUGACCUCAUCUGCCGUGACUAGCGCCGUGGCUCGACUGGCGAGCACCUUUGGCCCUGCCCCUCCCCUGACAGCUAGCUCUAAGACCGAGCGUGCUGCCCCGCUCUGCGAUGUGUCCAACGGCAUCGGCGCCAAUGAGUGGUUUGACGUUGGGAUUGUCAGGGUGACCAACAUGGCAGUUUUUCACUACUAUGUCCCUGAUGACGACGUCACUAUUGAUCACCACUCAGGCAUGAUGCCGGACUACAGUCGGAUGAAGAAAGUGGAGCUUCAACCAGGGACGGCGUACAAAUUCCGUGUGGCGGGGAUAAAUAUCUGUGGCCGCGGACCCUUCUCAGAGGUGUCUGCAUUUAAAACAUGUCUGCCUGGUUUCCCGGGAGCGCCGUGCGGCAUCAAGAUCAGCAAGAAUCUGGGUGGAGCUCAGCUUACUUGGGAGCCUCCGGCUGUCACAUCGGGGAAGAUCACAGAAUAUUCCGUGUACCUGGCAAUACAGUCGAGCCAGGCCACUGCCGCCUCUGGGUCUGGUCCGGCACAGCUAGCCUUUAUGAGGGUGUACUGCGGCGCCAGCCCAUCCUGCCUGGUCCAGACUUGCAGUCUCACCAACGCCCACAUCGACCAUACCACCAAGCCCGCCAUCAUCUUCCGCAUCGCCGCUCGCAACCAGAAGGGCUACGGGCCGGCCACACAGGUGCGGUGGCUUCAAGAAACCAGCAAAGAUGCCAAAGCAGCCAGCAAGCGACCGGUGUCUUCUCCUGACUUUAAAUCUGUCACACCAAAGAAGUUCAGAGCUGACCAAUCAGAGGACUCCAAGCUGUGCUGAGGACUUCUCGGAUAUUUGUACAUUGACCCGUCACAACCUUCUUUUGUUCAUUUCUCCCCCUCUGUGACGCUCAUCAUGGAGACGUGGAAAAAAUACACAAAACAACUGUCCUCUCUGAGAUAAUUAAUUGUUGAAAGGUCAACGGUCUCUUAUACACAUGGGUGGAGCAUCUGCAGAGCGGUUAGGAGUAACUUAUUUUCUUGCAAUUGCAAAAAAAUAUUACUAAAUAUCUAGCAUUACUUACGUUUUACUUCCCUUUAUUUUUAUAUACAGUAGGUACGGAAAGUGUUCAGACAUUUUUUCCCCUCAUUAAUGUACACACAGCACCCCAUAUUGACAGAAAAAAAACAGAAUUGUUGAAAUUUUUGCAGAUUCAUUCAAAAAGAAAAACUUAAAUAUCACACAGCCUUAAGUAUUCAGACCCUUUGCUCAGUAUUUAGUCGAAGCACCCUUUUGAGCUAAUACACCCAUGAGUGUUUUUGAGAAUGCAGCAACAGAUUUUUCACACCUGGAUUUGGCGAUCCUCUGCCAUUCCCACUUACAGAUCCUCUCCAGUUCUGUCAGGUUGGAUCGUGAACAUUGGUGGAUGGCCAUUUUCAGGUCUCUCCAGAGGUGCUCAAUUGGGUUUAAGUCAGGGCUCUGGCUGGGCCAUUCAAGAACAGUCAUAGAGUUGUUCUGAAGCCACGCCUUCAUUAUUUUAGCUGUGUGCUUAGGGUCAUUGUCUUGUUGGAAGGUGAACCUUCGGCCCAGUCUGAGGUCCUGAGCACUCUGGAGAAGGUUUUCGUCCAGGAUAUCCCUGUAGUUGGCCGCAUUCAUCUUUCCUUUGAUUGCAACCAGCUGUCCGUCCCUACAGCUGAAAAACACCCCCACAGCAUGAUGCUGCCACCACCAUGCUUCACUAUUGGGACUGUAUUGAACAGGUGAUGAGCAGUGCCUGGUUUUCUCCACACAUCCAUCCAUCCAUCCAUUUUCUGAGCCGCUUCUCCUCACUCGGGUCACGGGCGUGCUGGAGCCUACCCCAGCUGUCAUCGGGCAGGAGGCGGGGUACAGCCUGAACUGGUUGCCAGCCAAUCGCAGGGCACAUACAAACAAAAAUUCGCACACACAGCCACUCCUACGGGCAAUUUAGAGUCUCCAAUUAAUGCAUGUUUUUGGAAUGUGGGAGGAAACCGGAGUGCCGGAGAAAACCCACGCAGGCACGGGGAGAACAUGCAAACUCCAACCAGGCGGGGCCGGUGAUUGAACCCGGGUCCUCAGAACUGUGAGGCUGACGCUCUAACCAGUCGCCCACCGUGCCGCGCCUUCUCCACACAAACCGCUUAGAAUUAAGGCCAAAAAGUUCUAUCUUGGUCUCAUCAGGCCAGAAAAUCUUAUUUCUCACCAUCUUGGAGUCCUUCAAGGCCCGGUUGUUCAAAACUCGUUUAUUUUUUAACCACUGGUUAAGUAGACUUAACUGACCGUUAACUUUAACGGCACCGUUAUCUUGUUGUCCAAAACUCUGUUAACUUUAACCGGCUGUUAACUUGACAUUAACGUUAACACACCAAAGCACCGCCGCUAACAUUUUAACAGUGCGGUUAACUCUAAUGAUGGUGUUCGCAGCUAACCCUGCCUUCAUUUUAUUGUCACACUUUCUGUUAGUUCCUCUCAUAAACAGAUAUUACUGAUACCAAUAAUGCUAAGUCAAAUUUACUGUCAAUGUUCUUUCCAUGGUAACUCAGAUAAGCUAAGACAGAAGCAUAUUAGAUUUUCUUGUUGCAGUUUAUUACUGUGUUCUGGCGCAAAAGUGAGUGUUACAGAGAAAUUACCGUGUAUAGGAAGUAAACUUGUCAGUUUAUGCUAUAAAAUGUUGACUAACUUAACAGGAACGUCCAAAGUCGUCGAACAUUAUCUAUUUUGGGAUACAAAUUGACUACCAACUUGUUCCCAUUUCAUGCCUAUUAAUUCAUUGUAAAUCAGUUUUAACUGAAAUAUGUUCCAGAGUCAAACUGUCACCAUUAUAAAACUUUUGAUACAGAUCGUUUUUUUAUGCAGUGCAUGUGAGUAUUCUAAAAAAUAGCUGACUGGUAUACAUUUUGUUCUUUUGUUCAUGAUAUUGAUGUAGUCACUUUUGCCAUAUUGUAGGACGCAGUCAGGACCGGAUGUGUACCAUGUUAAUGCAUCACAAAUACAUUGCACUUCUAUGGUU